AUGUCUAAUCCAGGUGUUUUAGUACUUGCACCAGUUACUAGUCAACAAUAUAAUGAAAUAUUAUCACCAGAGGCUUUAGAGUUUGUAGCAAAACUUCAUAGAGCUUUUAACCCUACAAGAAAAACUUUACUUCAACGACGUAUUCUUAAACAACAAGAAUUGGAUCGUGGUAUACUUCCAGAUUUUUUACCUGGAACUGCUUACAUCAGAGAAAAUGAUAGUUGGCGUGGUGCUUAUCCUGCACCUGGUUUGGUUGAUAGGCGUGUUGAAAUAACUGGCCCUGUUGAUAGGAAAAUGGUUAUCAAUGCUUUGAAUAGUGGUGCUUAUACUUAUAUGGCAGAUUUUGAAGAUUCCAAUGCUCCAACUUGGACCAAUAAUAUUGAUGGUCAAGUAAAUUUACGUGAUGCAAUUCGAAAAACAAUCACAUAUGUUAAUCCUGAUAAUAAUAAGAAAUACGAAUUAAGAAAAGAUGGAAAUAUUGCAACAUUAAUUGUUCGUCCUCGUGGUUGGCAUUUAGAUGAAAAACAUGUCUUGAUUGACAAUGAACCACUAUCAGCAUCAAUCUUUGAUUUUGGUUUAUAUUUUUUCCAUAAUGCUAAAAAAUCUGUUGAAGCAGGUAUUGGACCCUAUUUCUAUUUACCUAAAAUGGAAUCACACUUGGAAGCAAGACUUUGGAAUGAUAUAUUUAAUGUUGCACAAGAUCUUCUUGGUAUUCCUCGAGGAACAAUUCGUGCCACUGUAUUGAUUGAAACAAUUCUUGCAGCCUUUGAAAUGGAUGAAAUAAUUUAUGAAUUAAAAGAACAUUCUGCCGGACUUAAUUGUGGUCGAUGGGAUUACAUUUUCUCUAUGAUCAAAAAAUUCAGAAACAAUCCCAACUUUGUUUUACCAAGUCGCUCAGAUGUCACAAUGACAGUUCCAUUCAUGGAUUCAUAUGUACGUCUAUUGAUCAAAACAUGUCACCGUAGAGGUGUACAUGCAAUGGGUGGUAUGGCAGCACAAAUCCCCAUCAAAAAUGACCCAGCAGCCAAUCAGAUUGCCAUGAACAAAGUCAGAGCUGAUAAACUUCGUGAAGUAAAGGCAGGACAUGAUGGGACUUGGGUUGCACAUCCUGACCUUGUUAAACUUGCAUUAGAUGUGUUUAAUGAACAUUUGAAAACACCAAAUCAAAUUUUUAUUAGGCGUGAAGAUGUCAAUGUUAAUGCAUUGAAUUUGCUUAACACAAAUUUCCCUGGUUCAAUCACUGAAGCAAGUAUUCGCAACAACAUCUCAGUUGGUCUUAUCUAUAUUGAAUCAUGGCUUCGUGGCUUGGGUUGUGUACCUAUUCAUAAUCUUAUGGAGGAUGCUGCAACUGCUGAAAUUUCAAGAUCUCAGUUAUGGCAAUGGGCUAAACAUCAUGCUAGAACUAUUGAGGGUAAAGUUAUCACAGGUGAAUAUUUACUUAAAUUGCUUGAUGAAGAAGUUGCAAAUUUGGAAAGACAGAUUGGUCCUCAGAAAUUUGGUAGUACAAAAUAUAUUUUGGCAAAACGAUAUUUGGCAAGUCAGAUCACUGGUAAAGAUUAUUCAGAUUUUAUCACUACUUUGUUAUAUGAUGAAAUCACAACUGUAAAUAAUAAUAUUAAAGCUAAACUUUAA